GGACGGAGGAGAUAAAGGCCCCAUCAAAUGGUAGAUGCUGGGUUUUUUAGAGGCAAAAAGAGCUUAACCUUUUGUUGAUGAGAAAGCUGAGUCCAGAAAUGUGAAAUGACCUUGAACAAGGACACAUAGAUUAUGAGCAACAGAGCCAAGAAUCAGGACUCAGGAGUUACAAUUCCUAACGCUUCUCGUACCGAAUUCCUGCUGCAGGAACCCACAGGUUUACCGGGGGUCCUACUAAUUUAUCCUGGUCUCUGAGACCAAGGCAGAGAGAUGGGUAGUUGGCAGAUCUGGGGGAAGAGAAAAGCAUUAUGACCGAAACUGAUUUUACUCUAUGGCUUCUUCUGACACCUUUUCUCUAUAACAUCGAAUCCUUCUCAAUAUCCUCCUCACCUUAUAAUUGUCCUAAUUCCUAAGGUUUAUGAAGAAUCAUGCCUCACAUCUUGAUCCAUCAUUAUCCAGAAUCUUCCAUUUUUUUCUUUAAUCUCAAAUUUACUAUUUCCACAGUUAUUACCCUAGUUUUCAACCUUUAAGGUCCCUUCCUGCACUAAAUCCAUAAUCACUUCACAUUAGGAUUAUUACUUUCCUUUUACAGAAUUGAGACUUAACUUCUUUCUGUUAGGGACCCCCCCCCCAAGACAGCAGUACACCAAAGGAUAUUUCAUGAAAGUUUGUUUGAUAGUUGCCUCCAUGAUAGCUAUGUAAAACAAAAAAAAAGUUUUUUAAUGGAACUGGAUUAAUAGAUGUAGGUAACCAGUAUAGAAAUCCAUCUAUAAUUUAUACAUGGGGCAUUGAGAUGGGGCUGGGGAAAGAGGGCAUAGGAAAUAGGACAUAAGUGCCUGUCAGAGGCAAGAGCUGAAUCCUGGUCUUUAUGACUUGAAGAACCAAAAAAAGUAGUUGAUCUACUAUGUUAUGUUGCCUCUCUACCUAAAAAUCAAUUAAGGAUUCAUUCAGACCUUCUCUUUCUGAGCUCUUAACUUAGAGUCUGUGAACUUUUUAAACAAUAUUUUAAUAACUAUUUCAAUAUAAAUGCUUUUCUUAGUAAUACUAAUCAUUUUAUUCAUUUAAAAACAUUACUCUGAGAAGGGAUCCAUAGGGUUCACCAGAUUGCCAGAGGGACACUUGAUACCAAAAAUGCUAAGAACCCCUAGUCUAAACCUGUUAUUAAUUCAUAAGCAUUGUUUUUCCUUUCUGCUUUGCACUUAGAUCCGAAGAGCUUGCUAAUACUUCACAAAUAUUAUUUUCCUCUUAAACUCAAUAUGAUCCUAUACUACAAAAGGAAAAAUUAUCUAAAUUUUUUUUUGACCUUUGGGAAUAACAAGUCUUUUUCAGUUAAGCUUUGUGAGUUGUUUUUUUUUAUUCCUAGACAGUGAAUUGCCUUGGUGACUUCAUCAGUAUGAAUUUUUUAGUAGAACUGGUUACUUCUUUGUUAUCUGUGCUUCUUUCCAUAUAUUAGGAGGGCUUUGGGAGAAGAAACACCAGUCAUAUGUCCUGAAGCAUAAAUAUACCUUAGCCAGAAGUGAACCAUAUCUUGAUCUAUUCCAGCCCAGAAUGGCUGCCACACUGCCUCCUGGAGUUCCAGAGAAACAGAAAAAACUCACAGUAAAGAAUGAAGAAGUCCAUGUCUGGGAACAGGAAUUAACCUUGAAAGGGCAAUAACCAUUUAUAGCCAAGAACUCUUCUAGUCAGCGCUUUAGAAAGUUCUGUUACAAGGAAACACCUGGUCCCCGUGAAGCUUUGGCCCGUUCUGGUACUCUGCUGUGAGUGGCUAAAACCAGAAAUGCACACAAAAGAGCAGAUAUUAGAUCUACUGGUACUUGAGCAGUUCUUGACCAUCCUACCUGAGGAUCUCCAGACUUGGGUUCGGGAACAUGAGCCAAACGACGUGGAGAGGAGCUGGGAUUGUACUGGAGGAUUUGGAGAAGAAAGAGCUUGAUGAACCAAGACAACAGGUCCCAGACAGUUCCUAUGGACAGGAGGAGUUGGGGCCUAUGGGUUCAGCAAAGGUGUCACCUAGUGUACAGUUACAGCCCAUGGAAACCCAGGUCAAAUGUGAAUCUCAGGAUUCCCAACCCCUACAAAAGAGUGCUCUGCCCCUUCCCCAUGUUCCUAUACUUCCACAAAAGGGGGUUUCUAAUGACCAAAAUAUGGCAGCUUCACUUCUCACAUGCAAUACAGCUGGAUGCCAGAAACAAAUGACAUUUGAGGAUAUGGCCAUGUCACUUGCACUAGAGAAAUGGGGACAACUGGACCCUGUUCAGAAGAGCCUCUACAAUGACAAAAGGCAGGAAAAUUAUGGGAACAUGGUUUCCCCGGAUGGUGUAACUAGAAUGGAGAAUGAAGAGUCAGCUCAAAACCAGGAUAUUAAAACAGAUAUAGAAUCCAAAGGGGAGUUGCCUGAUAAGCUCAAUGGGCAUAUUCCUGAAGGUCUUGAGCUUGGAGAAGCCUAUGAACAUGAGAACAAAUUAGAAAGGCAUCAAGAAAAUGCUGAAAUUGAGAGACAACAUAAAUGUGAUGAAUGUGGGAAAAGCUUCACUCAAAACUCAAGCCUUAUCAGACAUAAGCGAAUUCAUACUGGAGAAAGACCCUAUUCAUGUAAUGAAUGUGGAAAAACCUUCAUUCAGAGCUCACAACUUAUUGACCAUCAGAGAAUACAUAGCAAACUAAAACCCUAUCAGUGCAAUGAUUGUGGGAAAGCUUUCUAUUACAGUUCACACCUUAUUCAGCAUCAGAGGACCCAUACUGGAGAGAAACCUUUUCAAUGCAAUGAUUGUGGGAAAGCCUUCCAUUAUAGUUCAGGCCUUAUUAGACAUCAAAGAACACAUACUGGAGAGAAACCUUAUCAGUGUAAUGAUUGUGGGAAAGCUUUCUGUCUCAGCUCACAUCUCAUUCAACAUCAGAGGAUUCACACUGGAGAGAAACCUUACCAGUGUUUUGAGUGUGGGAAAAGUUUCAGUCAGAGCUCUGGCCUCUUUCAUCAUCAGAGAAUCCACAGUGGGGAGAAACCUUAUGAAUGUCAUGAAUGUGGGAAAUCCUUUAGUCAUAGUUCUGCACUUAUUGGACAUCAGAGAACACAUAGUGGGGAAAGACCCUAUGAAUGUGAUAUUUGUAGGAAAGCCUUUAGUUAUAGCUCACACCUUAUAGGACAUAGGAGAAUACACACUGGGGAAAAACCUUAUGAAUGUGAUGAGUGUGGGAAAGCCUUUAGGCGGAGUUCACACCUUAUUGUACAUCAGAGAAUCCACACUGGGGAGAAGCCACAUCCAUUGAAAUCCUACUGACAAAGCUACAGUCACUCCUAGUAUCUCAUCAAGCAUCAGAAAAUCCUUGCAGGGAAAAGACGACACAAAUGUGAUGAAUGUGGGAAAGGUUUUAGUCAUAGCUCAGACCUUAGUAAACAUAAGAGAACCCAUACAGGGGAGAAGCCCUAUAAAUGUAAUGAGUGUGGAAAAGCCUUUAUUCAACGCUCUCAUCUCAUUGGACAUCAGAGAGUCCACACUGGAGUGAAACCCUAUAAAUGUAAAGAAUGUGGGAAAGAUUUCAGUGGUCGAACAGGCCUUGUUCAACAUCAGAGAAUCCACACUGGAGAGAAACCCUAUGAAUGUGAUGAGUGUGGGAGACCCUUCCGUGUGAGUUCAGCACUUAUUCGACAUCAGAGAAUCCAUACAAACAAGUUCUAUUGAUGAAAACAAUAAAAACCUUCAUUAGUAGCUCAAGCUAGACAUACAAGAUCAAAACAAGAGAGAGGUUUUAUGACUGUCCUAUGUGGAAAAAGAUCAGUAACUAUUGAAACCUUAACUGGAAUAAGAUAAUCUAACUGAA